AUGGCAAGUGCGAUUGCAGACGAAGAGAUCAAGGACAUCAAAUUCCCAAAGGAAUUUGAAAUCGCAUACGAAGAGCACAAAGCCUCGGAAGAGGCCCAAUUGAAAACUCUGUGGGGUAAACGGAUACCGUUCCCCGGACCGCCCCCAUCACGCGCCCAAGAAGCGCUGAGAGAAGAAGACAUCCCACGCCUUCGGGAGCAAUGGCGGGAACGAAUUGCGGACAUCACGGGUGAUAUCCCGCUGGAAAGGCCUCCAUAUCGGGAGGGGGAGACGAAUGUCGUCGCGGACGCAUUAUCCCGGUGCCACAAGGCCGACCGCCCUAGCGAGAAUCCCGCACCGUACUAUUUUGUCGAUGCGGAUCGGCGGUUAGACCCCGCUGGGGACGAUCUACCCGCACUCCGGAAUGAGGAAAUUGCGCACCUGAAUGCCAUGAGGCUACCAGAAGCCAUCGAGAGCCGUGACCUAGAAGCGGAGAUGUUAGCGCCUGAAUCGGACGCUCCCGAAAUUACUCCGCCGGUGAUGUCGGAAGAUGAUCCGGUAGUAUACGAAGCGCAGUACGAGAAAACUACAGGAAUGAUACCUUCAAUCGGGCCGGAAAAGAAGUUCUUGGCGUACCACACGGUCGGCUCGGCGCUCGGAGCCUGA